UUGCCUCGAAAGCAGCUUAGUUAAUGUGCCAAGUUAACGUCUCACUGUGAUGAUGUCAUAGCCAGGUGUGUUUAAAAAAUCUCUAGCAGAGCAUCGACAGUUGAAGGCAUCCGUGUUGGUGAAGUGAGUGGGUGUUUAGUCUCACUGUUCCCUCUGACAUGAUGUUAACGCCAUGUCAUUAAUUAAACGGAUUCUCAUGAGCUCCAGUCUGAGCUUUAUGAACAGUUCUUUGCUCUGAGCAAGAUGUUUACUUAUACACCAAUGCCCAGCUUAACAUCUGCCAGACUCUGUAAAUAUAAAUGUAAAUGCAGUGUGUGAGGUGUAUUGUGAGAGUGAGGAGUGUAUAGUGAGUGGAUACAGUGUGUAUAGUGUGUAGUAUAGUGUGUGUAAUGUACAUGUCUAGUGUACAAUUAGAGGUUUUAUUUGUUUAUGGUUGGAGAUCUUUCUGCUCUGUACUUCUGGACUUUGGAGCCAUAAACAGGUGAAUAAUUAAUGUGCUGUGUCAGUCAGCAGAAUUAUCCCUUUGUGUGUGUGUGUGUGAUUCCUGAGAGUUGAGCAGGAUGGUCAGUUGGUAUUGAUCAGUGAUCAAGAAUCAGCAGGUCUCAGUGAGCUCUGUGCAGAGAAUGUUUUCCCAGCCUUUCUUACUUCUAUUGGGUUUUACAGUUAAGACAUACUAGUUGUAAACUGUUGUAAAGUCUGUGAGAGUCCGCAGGAUGUCAUGGCCUCUGAGGCUGCUGGAGAGAAGCUGUCUCUCUGGUAUGGUGUCAGUCACUGUAUGAAUGUGAUGGAAGAAAUAAAGUCUGCUCCUCCUCAGUCUUCACCCACAACUCCAACUUCCAAAGCUCCAGAAUCUCCCAGCCAUGCCAUGGGUUUGGGAAGUCCUGAGUUACUGAAGGAGUUGAAGCAGCCACACACUCUGAAACCAGUUCACACACACACUGGACUCACCAAAGUGUUCUGUGGCCGUGGACGAAUUAAUGCUGCACCAGCCAGCCAAUCACAGACUUUGCCUCCAUCUGCUUCCACCAAUCAGCAAAUAGCAAAGGGGCACUGUCUGUCCAGUGGCACACAGAAUUAAGAGGCUGUCAUUGUUCUGCCCCGCAUGUCUUCUUGAGUAUAAUUGGUGACAUCACUGAGCACUACCUUCUGCAGACCUCUAUCAGAAUAACACACCUGUAGUGUGUGUGAUCAUGUUCUCACUGUAAUGAAGUAACAGCUAUGUAAGUGUGUUAUGUACAUUGUUUUCCCUUAGCAAGAUAACGUGUGUGUUUGUGUCUAAUGUUGUCACACUAAUGUGCAUAGAUGAAUACAUGUUCUGCUGUUAUUGUUAAAAUAAAAUCUCAUAAACUACAUAGAGUGUAAAGGAGUCCAUUUACUGUGUGUGUGAGUGUGUGUGAGUGUGUGAAUGAGUGUGUGUGUGUGAGAGAGAGAGCGAGAGAGAGCGAGAGAGAGAGAGAGAUUGAUUGAUACAUUGCACUGUAGUACAAAGGGCAUUGAGAUUAGUGCGAUAGUCUUCAAACAUGGGAAUGUAAAGGGAGAGAAACAGUUCAGGAAAACGGAGAGUGAACAGUACAGUGUAAGAGAGAGAGAGUGUUUGUGUGUGUGUGUGUGUGUGUGUGAGAGAGAGAGAGAGAGAGAGAGUGUGUGAGAGUGUGAAUGUGUGUGUGUGUGUGUGUGUGUGUGUGUGUGUGAAGAUGAGAUCACUGUUGCAUCAGUACUUCCUGGUGGCAGCCAUGUUGACUCUGCUUCUAUUCCUCACCUCAUUGUGGCUGCCUCAAGGAACAGUACAGGAUUGUGAAUCAUCGUGGCUCCCGUGUCUCAGUGAUCCAAACCGCAUGGUACAUCCAGUAGGGGUUGCAGAAAGUGAUGUUGGGACCCACACUGAUAACAUCACUAUUAGGAGCGACAGCAUUAACCCUAAACCUGUCAUCAUAUCUGAAUGUCCUGGGCAGCAUUUCCAGGUGUCUCAACUCCUGCUGUAUUUAAACUCCGCCCUCAGCCCUACCUCGGAUGUGCUCUUGGAUCCUUACCUGCUCUGCUGGGAAGAGCUAAUUAAGUUUAUGGAGGCUCUCGGUCCUCUGGUUAGUUUUUUCACCUACAAAGUUCAGGAGAAGAUCACUCUAAUUCGCCAGCUGGCUGAGGAGGAUUCUGGGAAACACAGAUUACUGACUCUGCUCCCCACCAACUCCCCACUUCUAACCCACAAUCCCCUCAGCCACACCUACCAUUCUGUGCGCUCCAUGUUGGAUACAGAGCUUCAGUUGGGUGUGGUCAGCUUCGACAGACAAACGCCAUCGGGAAGUCGUACUUUGCUUCGCCUCCAUCGAUCGCUGCUGUGGUUGCAGCUGUUGCUGAUGAAGCUGUGGCUGGAGCCUGGGCACGUGAGGCGAAGCCUGGGUGAGGUGUGUGAAGAAGCAUACAGUGAGGCGUUAGCACCACAUCACCCGUGGCUGCUACAGAGGGUGGCACGACUCGCCUUUAAGGCCAUGCCUGAACACACUGUACUGCUCAGGAUGGUGUGUGUGAACACACACGAGGAGGCAGAACCAAUCAUUCGCACCAUUGUCACUGCGAUCAGCGAGGUGCGCCGUAGAACCCACAAUGAGCUGGAGAAAAGAAACAUGCUGGACUUACCUUAAAGGAACAUGUGUCCAAAGACGGCAGGUAGCCAUCAGUGUGAAAUGUGAAUGAUGCUACAUUGAUUAAUUUCUGAUAUUCAGUUGUUGAUCAAAUUAUUUUUUUUCUAAGUGACCAUUAUACAGGUGCAUAUCAAAAAAUAAGAAAAUCGUGGAAAAGUCUUUUUUUUUUCUUCCAUAAAGUGAAAUAUUUCAAGCCUUUUUUUUGUUUUAAUCUCAAACACUCAACACUACAGUAUCUCAAAAUAUGAGAAUAUAGAGUUUAUAAUAUAGAAAUGUUGACCUGAGAAGAUUCUAAUCAGAUAAUUAACUCAAAACACCUGCAAAGGUUUCCUGAGCCUUAAAUCUCUCAGUCUGGUUCAGUACACAACUACAAUCACGGGGAAGAUGAAAGUAAAUGUUGCAUUUCAUUUGGAAAUCAAGGUCCCAGAGUCUGGAGGAAGAGUGGAGAGGCACAGAAUCCAAGCUGCUUGAAGUCCAGUGUGAAGUUUCCACAGUCAGUGAUGAUUUGGGGUGCCAUGUCAUCUGCUGGUGUUGGUCCACUGUGUUUUCACAAGUCGAGAGUCAAUGCAGCGUCUACCAGGAAAUUUUAGAGCACUUCAUGCUUCCAUCUGCUGACAAGCUUAAUGGAGAUGCUGAUUUCCUUUUCUAGCAGGACUUGGCACCUGCCCACAGUGCCAAAACUACUAGUAACUGGUUUCUGAACAUGGUAUUACUGUGUUUGAUUGGACAGCCAACUUGCCUGACCUGAACCCGAUAGAGAAUCUAUGAGAGACACCAGACCAAACAAUACAGACAAGCUGAAGGACGCUAUCAAAAUAACCUGGGCUUCCAGAACACCUCAGCAGUGCCACAGGCUGAUUGCCUCCAUGCCACGCCACAUUGAUGCAGUAAUUCCUGCAAAAGGAUUAAAGCCCCGACCGUGUAUUGAGCGCAUAAAUUAACACACUUUUCACAAGGUCGACAUUACUGUAUUAUAAACUCUUUAUUCUUAUAUUUUGAGAUACUGGAUUUUUGAUUUCCGUGAGCUGUAAGCCAUAAUCAUUGAGAUUAAAACAAAACAAGGCAUGAAAUAUUUCACUUCAUGUGUAACGAAUCUAGAAUAUAUUAAAGUUUUUAAAUUAAAUUACAGAAAAAACUAACUUUUCCACGAUAGAUUUUCUUUAUAUUUCCUCCAGGUGAUGCCCCAAUAUCCCACUGGGGAUGAUGUUUCCUUUUCAACAAAGGACCAAUGAACCAAGGAACAUGAGGAAUAUUAACCAAGCU